AUGCAACGUAAUCCCCGUGAGCCAUUGAUGGUGAAACUGGAACGACAGCUCACUCGUGAGAUGAAAAGACCGAACUCGAUGUUUCGCUCGUUUUUAGAAAAGAACUUCUUCCUCCGAACCUUUGUCAAGUUCCUGGCGGUAUUUGGUGUCUGUUUAGUAAUCGCAGAUGGUAUCCUCACUCCUGCACAAUCUGUUCUCGGAGCCAUUCAGGGCCUCAAGGUCAAGGUACCGGAUAUCGAAACAAAUACGAUAGUUGGCAUCUCCUGUGCUAUUUUAUUUGUACUUUAUGCCAUCCAACCAAUGGGGGUUACAGGGCUCGGAACUACUUUUGCACCAAUUGUCGUGCUAUGGCUACUCUUUAAUAUGGUGUUCGGGAUUCACAAUAUUGUUAAGUUUGAUGCUUCGGUCUUAAGAGCCUUUAAUCCUGCACACUGUUUCUACUAUUUCCACAGGAAUGGGGAACACGGCUGGAAAAGCCUUGGUGCCAUAUUGCUCUCCUUCACGGGCGUAGAGGCCCUUUUUGCGGAUUUAGGCGCGUUUUCAGCGAAGGCAAUACGUUUGUCAUGGCUUUUCUUCGCAUAUCCAUGCUUAAUACUCGCAUAUACUGGUCAGGCUGCCUAUAUCAGCAACAUACCAGAGGCAGUCAACAACCCAUUCUUCAAUACAACCACGAGUUUGGGCAAUGCGUAUGGUGUUUGCGUAAUUAUGGUUACUUUUAUCACAACUUGCAUGAUAUCAAUCGUUGCUCUUGUUGUGUGGCAACUUCACUUCAUUCUUGUUCUGGUCGGUUUUGUCUUAUUCGGGGCUAUGGACGGAGCAUUUCUAUCCGCUGCCCUCACAAAAGUGCCCCAAGGGGCAUGGUUUACUCUUUUGCUUGCCUUGCUACUUUCAUGCGUCUUAUUCCUCUGGCGUUUUGGAAAAAAACAGCAAUGGAAAUCCGAAGUGGACGACAAUAUUUCCCCUUCCUCGCUGGUUAUCUGCAACGAAAACGGAAAGCUAAUGCUGCAGAGAUCAGAAGGGCAGAAAGAGAUGGGGAAAAUCAAGGGGGUUGGUAUUUUCUUUGACAAAAUCGGAUACCAUGCCCCGGCGGUAUAUACACAUUUUGUGCGAAAGUUUGAAGCCCAGCACGACGUUAUCGUAUUCUUUCAUCUCCGUCAACUCAUUCAACCCACGGUUCAUGAAGACGAACGUUACAUAGUUCAACGUGUAUGUUCCUCUAACACAUUCCGAAUUAUUGUGCGUCAUGGCUAUAACGAUCGCAUUUUCACGGAGGACUUUGGCGUUGUUCUUUAUGACAAAUUAAAGGAAUUCUUGGACGAGGAGAUCAAUAAAACCGGACCUGAACAUCGUAUCAGCAACGACCAUGCAAAAGUGAAUGCCAGAGCGCGCCGGGAGCGAGAUGCACUUGAUGCAGCUUACGAGAAGCAAGUGAUCUACAUACUGGGGAAAGAGCAGUUGAGAUUAGAUUCAAAGAGCAUUCUUCCAAGAAAGUUUGCAUUAAGCACCUUUAUCUGGGUGAGGGAGAACACAAGAACAAAACAGCAGGAGUUCAAUGUUCCAAUAGAUCAAUUGGUUGAGGUGGGAUAUAUCAAGGAAAUAUAG